AAGUUAUAAAAAAAUUAUUUACAAAGGAUCGAAUUUCGCAAACGCCACAGUUCGUUUAGCUAAAAGUGUUAAGGCAAGCGGAAAUUUUAUUUUCUAUACUUUCUUUGAAAUUGUUGCAGUGAUUAUUGGCAGAAAUUUUUAAAAGGUAUUUUCGAAGAAAACACGUAUACAUCUAAAGAACGUUCAACAUGGGAGAACUAUCUUGUGGAAUGACAUGCUUGAGAUACAUACUUUUUGCUUUCAAUUUUGUUUUCUGGAUAGGUGGGAUUGCUUUAAUGGGCGUAGGUAUUUACAGCCGAGUUCAAGUUGGAAAAUGGGAUGAUAUAAUUGAUGAUAGCACUGUUCCAAGCGCUGCAAAUCUUAUGAUCAUUGCUGGUGUACUUGUCAUGUUGAUUGGCUUCUUAGGGUGUUGUGGAGCUUGGAAACAAAACAAGUGUCUGCUUAUCAGUUAUGCGAUUUGUCUCAUUUUAAUAUUUGUGCUGGAAAUAGCUGCUGGUAUUUAUGCGUAUGUCAAAAGAGAUGACAUCCAGAAAGAACUGGAAACAGGACUGAUGAAAGGCAUCAAUAACACCUAUGGCGCACAAGAUACAAAAGCUAAUAAAGCUUUCGGAGAUGCUAUUGAUUGGUUUCAAGAAAAGGUUGAAUGUUGUGGUGCAAAGAAACCUCAAGAUUGGUCAGAAUCUGUAUGGGCUACCAAAGCCAAAAAAUAUUAUGUUCCAGACUCCUGUUGUAAAUUAAGUGGUUGUAGUAAAAAGUAUGGAGUCUCACUAGAUCAGUUUGUAAAUAGUGGAAAGAUUUACAAAGAGGGGUGUGUUCAAAAAGGCAAAGAUUGGGUCAAGGCCCAUAUAAGUUUAGUCGGCGGUGUAACCAUUGGAGUUGCUUUUGUGCAGCUUCUUGGCAUUAUCUUCGCCAUCUUACUUUGUCGUGGCCUUGGAGAUGAACAUAAUUAUGAAAAUGUUUAAAAAUGUGAUCAAACUUAGUUUGUAAAUAAUCUUAUGAAGAGAGGAGAAGGGUGUUUAGUCUCAGCACAGUAUAUUCCUCACGACUAUUAUGUACCUUAGUGCUUACUGAUAUUUUCUGUGGUAAAUUUCUUUCCUUUUUGUUCGUUAUAACGCUCGGAACUUAAAAAUUCUCAUCGUUUUUUAUAUUCUGCACAUCACCGACAUCUUUGACAUUUUGAGCGGCUGCUAAUAACACUCUUAGCUUUGGGAUAUGGAAUCUAUAAUAUAUUAUUAUUAUUAUUAUUGUUAUUGUUAUUGUUGUUGUUAUUGUUAUUGUUAUUAUAUUUUCGUCUUUUGCGUACGAAUCAUUUACAUGCAACUCAACUGUAUUCUUUAAACUUUUUUUACACUGCAUAAUUAUGUUAAUAUAAAUACGACAAUCAUAAUUAUAAAUAAAUCAACAAUGAGUAUUAGGA